CUUUCCAGAUGGAUGAUCUCAGCUUUGAGUUCUCCACUCCCCCCGUUUCGAGCGGAAAGUGACAAUAAGGGGUGGUGGAGAAAAAAUGAAGCAAAGCUAGAAAAACUAGUUCAUUAUCUUUUAAGUAUAUGCAAAACAGCGCAGCGGACAAGCUUCUAAAGGAAGAAUCGGUAUUUCACCGAGAGCAACUAUGAAAUUCGGCUUCGGAAAAGACUGGUGGUGUUAAUGCACUACAAUAACGGGCAGGGUCCGUUAUCGUGUCAGCUGUCUGCCGGCCGGCCAAGAUGUCUGGAGAUGAGGAGGAAUUCCCCGACGCUAAGCUAGUCAUGGAGUCCGGGCCGCAGUGGCUUCGGUCAGAGAUCGAGCGUUUGUCCAGGGAGUUGAGCGAGACGACCCGCGAGAAAAUCCAAGCUGCGGAGUAUGGCCUUGUCGUUCUUGAGGAGAAGCAGCAGCUCAAACAGCGAUAUGACGACCUGGAGAGCGAUUACGAGUCUGCUCGACAAGAACUUGACCAGCUCAAAGAGGCCUUUGGACAAGCCUACUCGGCCCACAGAAAGGUGGCUGCGGACGGGGAAAGCCGCGAGGAGUCGUUGAUCUUGGAGUCGGCCUCCAAAGAGGCAUACUACGAACAACGCGUCCAGGAGCUGCAGAACGAGCUGAGGCAGACCAAGAAUGACCUGGGCAACACCCGCGCCGAGAACGAGAGGCUGGCUACCAUGGCCCUGGAGCUCCGGGAGAGCAACGAGAUGGUGGAGCUCCAGAGGGCUCGUCUCCGUGACGACGUGCGGGAGUACAAGAUCCGCGAGGCGCGGCUGCUGCAGGACUACACUGAGCUGGAGGAGGAGAACAUCAGCCUCCAGAAACAAGUCUCUCUGCUCAAGCAAGGCCAGGUGGAGUUUGAGGGGGUGAAGCACGAGCUGCGGCGUCUGGAGGAGGAGGGCCAGUAUCUGAACAGCCAGCUGGAGGAGGCGCUGCGUCUGCGGGAGAUCUGCGAGCGGCAGCUGGCCGAGGCGCUGGAGACGGUGAAGACUGAGCGCGAGCAGAAGGCGGCGCUGCGCAAGGAGCUGACGCAGCACAUGACGCUGGGCGACUCGCUGCUCGCCGUCUCGCUCGACGGCCUCAAGCUCAACGCCGACGAGCCCAACAACGACGACGACGUCAUCCGCAGCUUCGAGAACGGCCUGGCCAAGAUGACCGAAGCGCAAGCCCUCGACAACCGCUCGUCCACGCCCAAGAAGUCCGACAACUUCCGUCCAGCCCCCAGCCUGGUGGAUGACCUGCUGAGCGAGCUCAACAUCUCCGAGAUCCAGAAACUCAAGCAACAGCUGCUCCAGGUGGAGCGUGAGAAGGUGGCCCUGCUGUCUACGCUGCAGGACAGCCAGAAGCAGCUGGAGCAGGCGCGCGGGGCUCUGGCCGAGCAGCAGGAGGCCAACGGACGGCUCAACCAGGACCUGGGGGCCAUGCGGCGCCUGCAGGCCAGCAAGGAGCGCCACUCGGCCCUGGACAGCGAGCGCGAGCGCGACAGCCGCGAGGACGGCGACGGUGACUACUACGAGCUGGACAUCAACGGGCCGGAGAUCCUGCGCUGCAAGUACGAGGUGGCGGUGAACGAGGCGGGAGAGCUGCGGGCGGAGCUGAAGGGGCUGAAGGAGGAGCAGCAGGAGCAGAGCGCACACUACCAGCAGGAGCGCACGCGGCUAGAGGCACAGGUGCGUGAAAUGAGCAGUCAGCUGGCGUCGCUGGAGAGCGUGAGCCGUGAGGAGCGGCAGCGUGCCACGCGUCUGGAGAAGGAGCUGCGGGAGACGAGCGCGGUGGCGGGCGAGUCGCAGGGCAGCCUCAGCGUGGCGCAGGACGAGCUGGUGGCCUUCAGCGAGGAGCUGGCCAACCUCUACCACCACGUCUGCAUGUGCAACAACGAGACCCCGCAGCGCGUCAUGCUCGACUUCUACAAGGAGGGCAAGGCCGGCCCGGGCCAAGUGCCCAACGGACGGGACGCCGCCAUCACCUCGCCGCCGCCCCUCGCCACCACCCUCAUCGGCAUGGACGACAGCCGCAAGGAGCCCAUGGACAUCUACAACCUGGUGGCCAUCAUCCGCGACCAGAUCCGCCACCUGCAGCAGGCCGUGGACCGCACCACCGAGCUGUCGCGCCAGAGGGUGGCGUCGCUGGAGCUGUCGGCCGUGCCGGACAAGGACAAGGAGGCCUGCAUGGAGGAGAUCCUCAAGCUCAAGUCCCUGCUCAGCACCAAGCGCGAGCAGAUCGCCACCCUCAGGACCGUGCUCAAGGCCAACAAGCAGACGGCCGAGGUGGCUCUGGCCAACCUGAAGAGCAAGUAUGACAACGAGAAGGCCAUGGUGACGGAGACCAUGAUGAAGCUGAGGAACGAGCUCAAGGCCCUGAAGGAGGACGCCGCCACCUUCUCCUCUCUGCGUGCCAUGUUCGCCACACGCUGUGACGAGUACGUGACGCAGCUGGACGACAUGCAGCGUCAGCUGGCGGCGGCGGAGGACGAGAAGAAGACGCUCAACUCGCUGCUGCGCAUGGCCAUCCAGCAGAAGCUGGCGCUCACGCAGCGCCUCGAGGACCUGGAGUUCGACCACGAGCAGUCGCGCCGCACCACCAGCAGCAGCAGCGGAGGAGGGGGCGGAGCUAGCGGAGGAGGCGGGGUCAGAGGCUCCGCCUCUGGCCGCAGGAGGGGCGUCACCGCGGCAACCGCCUCCUACUCUGCGUCACACUCCGCCCACUCCAGCCCCCAUGUAAGUCCCCGGCUGGCCUGCAGGGUGCGCCAGCAUCCCCGCGUCGUCACGGGAGCCCCCAUGGUCUUCUGCAGCGAGAAAUAUAAGAUCGUGUGUGACCCCUGAGCAAUGUACCCCCACCCCCAACCACCACCCCCACCACCCCAAACCUCACCAUCACUCCCACCACUCAUCUGCUGCCUGCUUCAUCACCCCCCCCAUAACAUGCAUCUGCUUCACCCCCCCCAAGCUAACGGUCACCACUCUAGGCUCUAGGCCAGGCUGAGACUAAAGGCCUGUGGCAGGACACUACGGCAUGCAGUGACUCUCCAAGUGACACUAUGUGGCUUCACUCUGGAAUCUGUUUAACAUGGCUGCAGAUGAAUGCAUGUCCACGCGGGCUCUACUUGUGGUUAAAGCUUUCUUAUACACCGCCCACUGUCUUCAAAACAGGACUACGUGUGCUGUUUUGGUGUUUCAUGCUGUGCUGUCCUCGUCAUUGCUGUUGUCAAGCCUGUGGGUGGGGGUGGUGGGGUUGGGGCACCUCUUUUCCCACGUUAUGUGUAUUAACAUUGCUCUCUAAAUUCAUCCCUCCAUCUGUCACUCAUGUAGCUUCUUAAGGCAGCUUGCAUGCUGAAAUAACCCUCCCUGGUGAGUCAGGCGUUGCCAUUCACUCAUGUAACCUCUCAUAUGCACGUUGCCCUGUCCUGUCCUGUCCUGUCCUGUUCUCAUUGAGACUCUCGCUGUCUUGGUUGUAAACUAUUGUGAAUAAUGAUCUGGUGAGCUCAGCCAGUUGUUGACUGUUGUGUUUGUAUCUUUUGGUUUUGCAGUAACGUAGUUGAGCUGGAUGUUGUGAUUUCCCUGACGGUGAUCCCCUGAUUCCUGCCGACGCUUCCUUCACUAGAGCCUCCCAGUGACUUUAGAGCUCCCGAGCGUUCUGGUGGCUCCACCCAAAUAUGCACAUCACCUACACACUCGCAUUGAUAAAGAUGCACAAGACACUCACACACACACACACACAGACAGACACCCAGACACCCACACACAGACAGACACCCACACACAGACACACACACACACAGACAGACAGACAUAGCCUAGUAUUUAGAGAAUCCCUAAUCCUUAAUGAACUCCUUAGCUGUGUCCGUGCAGUUUCCGUAUAAUAAGUCAGUUGGAAACUGGGGCUCAAGGUACAUUGGAAAGUCCACCCUAAUUUCCAACCCUGAGCCGACUUGCUCUCCGUGUGUGCAUUAUUCACAUUCAUUUUUUUGUUCUGUUACAUAUUUUUGUUUUUGUUUUUGCAUCUUUCCUCAAAUGUUACUGCACUUUCUCAUGUACACGUGCCCCUCAAACAACUCCCGCCUAUGCAAGAUAUACCACAUGGCUCACUAUAUUUCAAAUUGAUCACGCUUAAGUAAAUAAGUGGGGAUGACGCCAAUUGCAAAAACUGUUCUGACGUGCUUCAGUGGCCAAAGCGGCUGCAGAGUGCACUUAGGAAGUCUGGACUUAAUCUAUUGGCCUUAAAUUGAGCUCAUGUGGAUUCCCCUGCGCAGCGACAUGGGUUUGGCUAAUAGCCGUGGGUUGUGGAUGGGGCAGUGUAUUCCUGUUGAUAUGCUCGUGAUGAGUCUUUGAGCUUUGUUUUUGUUUGUCAUAUGUAAUAGAAACUGUUUUUUAUUUUAUUAAUAAUAUGUGUAUGGUUGUAUGGUGUUUUAAUAACAUUUUGCAUGUUUAACUGCCAUGUUAUGAACAGAAUCCAGGGAGAGCAAACAAAAAAGUAUGUAUUUAUGACACUUCGUGUUAACCUGUAUCCAAGUUUAAUCUAGCAAUGUCUACCUUUGGACUCUGGGGUCAGCCUAUUGAAAGAAUGAACCGACGGAACAAUUUUACCGGAAGCACAACCGCAAGAUUCCACGCUGGAAUUACAUAUAUAGUUCUAUUUUUGUUCGUUUUCUCUCUUUUUUGCUUCCUCUCCUCUUCUGUCUCAGUAGUACGCCAUGAGUGCCUUUUAUUUCUUCAGAAAUAAGUUAGUUUUUUUUUUUUUUUUCUUUAACCAGAGAGCAAAAACCACCGGUUUUUGUGAGGUAGUUUUACUGGAGUAUUGAGGUGAUGGAUAUUUGCAUUGAACUCUACCUAUCCCUUCCUGCUAGCAUGCAUGUGCUGCUGCGGCUUCAGGAUAUCUGUGGUAAACCUUAUUUAUGCUAUCGUUUGAAAGCUAAGCUACAGUAACGUGACUUGUGAGGAAAACAAGUGACCCAGUUGUGGAGUAGAGCAAUUACUGCAAGAGAAGGUGUAACUGCAAGCAUUUACUGAGUGUCUUGUAACCUUUGACCUUUGUAUUUGGACGGUCUGGUGAUGUGCAUAGCAGUACUGAGGAGACUAGUAGUUUCUUUUCCUUUUUAAUGUUUUUAAUAUAAUCGUUUUAUAUGUGGUAAAGAGUAUUGGAAAAAAAAACAGAUCAAUGGAAAAAACAAGUCCUCUCUCAACAAGUCUGUUGUGCCAUUUCAUACCUUCAGUUUGUUGAGGCAUUGAAAUGUUUCAAUAUUAUCAGGGGGUUCACAUUAAUAUAUGAUAUAUAUAAUAAGAAUUAUAUAUGUUAUAUAAACAAGAAAUGUAAGUGCAAUUUAACUGCUGUAUCAGGUGUCUAAUUCAAUGUACUCUAUUGCUUGAAGCAUAGUGGGAAUUAAUUGGCCUAUUAUUGAGGGAUAGCUGUGCCCAUUUUUAUACUGCAAUAUUUUGUCACAGUUUUAUAUCUUUAUAUGGAAUAACUUCACCUGUCUGAUCAUAUUUAUUGAUAACAAUAUUAAGCAGCUCAGUGUUAUUGUACGGUUAGUGGCAUGGUUAAUGCCAGUCUCUUCAAAAGCACCUGCUGUUGGCAGGUGUUCUAUAUGUGAGGCCUAUCUGGUAGGAGCACACCAUAUGACUAUGGCUUUGUCUGUAGUGACACGUCAUGACAUUUAUCGAUGGUUUCACUGCGUUUCCCCCCGGGGAGACCAAUCACGUGUCACCAUCUGUACUAAGAGGACUUCUAGCUUGUGUAAGCUCUUGUGUGUUAAGGUGCUCAUUAUUCUGGCCAAAUAAACAUGGUUGAAAACUCAA